UUCUUCCUUUUGGGCGAUCGCUGGUGCUCUAGCUUAGAGUGUAACAGAGCUAAGUUUUUCGGGACGAUCAAGAUCAAAGGCUAAAGGGUGCCGGUUUCCGUCAGCUAUCGGGUUGUGUUAUUUGUUUCCCGAAGCAUAAUUUGAUGAUUGGAGUAAAUAUUAAACCGCUAAAUUAUCAAGUGCGAAAUAAACAGAUAAUUUCGCCAGGCGCCAGGUCGGUUUAUAGACUAAAUUUCGAAACCGAUCAACCAGACUACGCCAAACAUUGGACGGUUUGUGUGUGGAAAAGUACCAAGUGUGUGACGGAUAGUGAAAAUAAAAAAGACCAGAACGGAAGCUCCCGAAAAAACCGGCAAAUUGAAUCAAAAUAAAUAAGGAAAACUGUGAGUGCGCGCGUGUUUUCAUCUUCGAAGCAGGAGGGGACGGGAAGAAAAAAUAUAAAAUCCCCCCGAGUUUGCAAAUGUAAAAUUGCCUUCCCGAAAGGAAAUUUUAGCCUAAUUAACGUCCCGUUUGAAUUUGGUGAGCGUGUUUACAUGCUUUCAGUGCCGAGUGAUCCAAACAGUAAACUGUCCGCUAGCCAACAUCUUCCGGCGCGGCCGGUACGAAAUAUUAUGUGUAAAUGUAUAGAUGGUCCCGUCAGUGUGCAGUGUUAAUGUGCUGGGAAAUUUAAGGAAAAAAAAAAACGCAAAAUCUUCAAUUGAUUUCCUGUCCUGAAGCUAUAGCUCAAUAGAAACUGAUCCAUGCUGAGAACUCUUCAAAAGAUGCCAUACACAAACUUACUAAAUUUCCCGGCGACUUUCCCCACGCGCUGAAUCAUUCACGAGCUUCAAACUUUGUAGCUUUGCAUCUUUUUCGUGAAAAACGUUUGAGAUCAAGAGAGGAAUAAACAUUGGCUCAAUUAGCCUUAUUGAAGGUUGGUAAGCAAAAAAUACAUACACUGUAUGCGAUAAAUCACGAUUUGUAAUGUUGAGCUAAACGAACGUCAUAUACGAACUGCUAAUUCGAAACGAAUGCAUUGAUAGAUAACGAUCUGUUCUAGUGAGUGGGUUUCUAGUUUCCAUUUGGGUGAUCUAUACUUGAGAAGAACAAAAAUUGUAGCAAAACUAAACUACUAAAAAUAAGUGCGAGCAAUCUACGGAAGAGCAGAAAACAAUCGGGCAGCAUCCGGGUGACAAUUUCGUUCCCAUCAGAUUACAAAUCAAGAUGAAUCUGACAAUGAAGCUGCUGGUGCUGCUGCUCUCGCUGCUGCUGAUACACAAUUGCUCGCCAUCCGACGGCCACCGGAUACAGCUGUCGGAUUCGAUUCUGGACUUUAUCAACACCCGCCACGUGGAGCGAGUGCUGGCGGAGAGGCGGAUGAACGCGUCUGGGUCGUCGUCUUCGUCGUCGACGGCACGAGACGAAAAGCGCUAUCUAGUGCAGAACGAUCUGCUGGACGAUGCGGGGGGCGGGGGUGGAGGCGGAGUUGAUGGUGGAGAUGGAGCAGACGACGAUCAACUGUACGCCCAAACGCCCGAAGUGGCGAUCGAUUUUGACUUCAACGGCCGCCGUCAGUCCGGCAUCGGAAUGAUCCCAUCGGGUUCGGCGGCUUCAGCGUCAGGGGCCUACAAUGAAACGGGCUUUCAGUACCAAUCGGCCGGAUCCGCCCCCAAUGCGGAUAUUUUGGCGGACCUGCAGGCAUUCCGGGGCGACAAGCUGCUAAAGUCCAGCAAAAACGCACUGGUCGUGACGCGGAAAGAAUACCUUAAGAAGGACUGGUGCAAGACGGAACCUCUGGUGCAGCGAAUUCGCGAGGAGGGCUGCCUCAGUCGGACGAUCAUCAAUCGCUUUUGCUACGGGCAGUGUAAUUCGUUCUACAUUCCAAAGUCACCGAAGCGUAGGCGGCAUCACGGGCAGGAAGGAGGGCGGGGACGUGGCGGCAAUCGCCAUGGUCACCAUGGCAACCACCAUAGCAACGCCGCCGGUGCUGCCCUGCCCCCGCGAGAGGUCGAUCUGGACUUCGAGGACGAGGAUCUGACCGGGCCGGCGUUCCGGUCCUGUGCCUUCUGCAAACCGAAAAAGUUCACCUGGAUCACGGUGACGCUCCGGUGUCCCUCCCUGGUGCCCCAGCUCAGGCGGAAACGCAUCCAGCGCAUCAAGCAGUGCAAAUGUAUCGCCGAGCCGCUGAACUAAGUCAGACACAAAAAGUCAGUCAGUCAGUCAACGUAGUGUUUGUUAACUCUGGGUGAGCUGAUCGCGCGCGGGUACGUGAGUUGUUGAUGAGUGCGAAUUAGUAAGAGUUUUUUUUUUAAUUUUUACCAACCGACCUACAGUUUUGCAAACUUUUCAAACCGUUCGUGGGUGGAUGCAAAGAGUAAGAAAAAGGGUGAGAUCUUCUUUCCCUCAGGGAUGUGCAGUGCACAGAUAAUCGGGAUAAAGAGGAUA